GGCUAGAGGUACCACAUAGGUAAACACUUGAUGAGAACUGGCAGCCAGAUCCUCUUAACCUCCAGCUGAUGAGCUUGAUGAAAUGCAGGUGUGCAAAGGAAGUCGAUGAAAAGGAAAGGUCCACAGGUUGUCCAAAGGUACUGUUCCCUAUCAGCAAGAAAAUUCUGGGUUCAGUUCCCAGCUUUGGGUCUUUCUGUGUUCGGUUUUAUGUUCUCCCCAGGAAUCCAGCUUCCUCCAACAAUCCAUAAACAUGACUGUUAGGGUUAUAAUUGUUUUUUCUCAAUUGCCCUUGGAUGGAAAGGUGUUUUUAAAUCUAUAUCUCUGUCCUGCAAUGGUAACCUGUCCAGGGUGUACCCCUCCUUUCGACCAUACAGUGCUGGAGAUAGGCAACAGCCUGGUGUGACCCUAUUGGACCAGCAGUAGAAGAUUGAUGGAUGGACAUUUAUUCUGUAGAAAUUUACUUUUCAUUGAUUUCCAGCAUCAAUACAGGGAGCUGAAAAUGUUUGCUGUUCUCUUAUCGCUGAUUUUGAUUGUUUUUCUGUUCUGAGGGUUUUCUGUCAGACCUGCUAAAGAAGGCCAACAGAGAUUAUGAUGACAAGAAGCUUAAUGACUACACACAGACAAUUUUGAAGAUGUUUGACACGAAUGGUGAUGGUAAACUUGGACUCUCUGAGAUGGCAAGGCUUCUACCAGUCCAGGAAAAUUUUCUUAUCAAGUUUCAGGGUAUCAGACUCACUGUUAAAGAAUUCGACUCGCUCUUCACCUUCUAUGAUAAGGAUGGCAAUGGCUAUAUUGAUGAACAGGAGCUGGAUGCUCUGCUGAAGGACCUCUGUGACAAGAACAAAAUGGACUUGGACUCGACCGGCCUGGUGGACUACAAGAAGAGCAUCAUGGCUCUGUCUGACGGAGGGAAACUGUACCGCACUGAGAUGGAGAUUGUCCUGUGCCGGGACUCCACACUGUGACCUACCUGUCUGCCUUCUGCCUGCUUGGGACCCUCCUGUCUUCCUACACUGCUUCCUCCUUCCUACCUCUCAAUGUAACCUGGUGCAUGUGUGACCUCCGGCCAAAACACUUAGAGCAAAGACAACGGUGCACCUGAAAGCACAGAAAAUACCCGCUGACCUUGCUGUUUUAGAUGUUUCUUUUCUUAUAAAAUAUAAAGCUAAGUAUUAAGAUUCUAAUGGUAACUGAAUAUUAUUGUGCAAUUUGCUUUGUAUUUUUAAGUUAUUAAAAAUGUUCUCUGUAGAUGUAGGAAUAUAUAUUUAUUCUGUAGCAUUUCCUUGUUUUGUUUAUUUUUGUUGAAUUUGUUAUAAUGUUCUAGUUUUAUUUCAGGAGGCUGGUACUGUUCUAUAGAAAUAUAAAU